UUUUAAACAAAUUUCACGUGAACUUUUACACUACAUAAUCUUUCCAAAAAAAAUACAAAAAAAGCUAGUUGAUGAAGGUUAGAUAAAUCAGUUCUGAAUUUUACAAUCGUACCAAAUCGAAGGAUUUGUCUGUCCAAAAAAGAUGACAAUUGAAAUAAGUGUCUUGAUCGGCAUCACCAUUGCUGGAUGGAUUCUCGCUGGAUGUGGUGGAAAGAAGAAAAAGGAUGGAAAGUCUUCAACAGCCUCAGCAGCGGCCCCGAAAGCCGAUAGUAAGAUGAAACCGCCUGUGGAGAAUGUGAAGUCGAAGAAGAGUGAGAAGAAAGAGGAGCCGAAGAAGGAAGAGGAGCCGAAGAAGGAAGAGGAGAAGAAGGAGAAAUCGAAGAAGAGUGAGAAGAAGGACGAUAAGAAGGAAGAGGCAAAGAAGGAAGACGAUAAGAAAGAUGAGAAAAAGGAUGAAAAGAAAGAAGAUAAGAAGGACGAUAAGAAGGACGAUAAGAAGGAAGAAAAGAAGGAAGAAAAGAAGGAGGAUGAAAAAGAAAAGGGUGAUGAUAAGAAGGAGGACGAGAAGGAUGAUAAGAAGAGUGGUAGUAAGGAUGCUGAGAAGAAAGAAGAGAAGAAGGAAGAGGAGAAGAAGGAGGAAAAGAAGGAGGAAAAGAAAGAGGAAAAGAAGGAAGAUGAAAAGAAGGAGGACGAGAAGAAGGAGGAGCCGAAACCCCACAUCACUAUCGAUCCACCCGGUGAUCUGAUGUUCAAGGCCGAUCAGCAAGAGCAGAAGAAGCUGAAACUCACGAAUACUCACGACAAGAAAAUUAUGUUCAAGAUCAAGACUUCGGAUAAUCAGGUUUAUCUUAUGAAUCCGGUGUACGGAACUGUCGAACCGGGAAAAUCUGCUAAUCUUACACUCACUCGAAACAAGGCACCAGCAAAAGAAGCUAAGCUUGUCAUUGUGAACAGUGUGUUCUCUGGUGAUGAUAAGGAUUUGGCCAAAUCAUUCAAGACUGGAAAACCGACUGGAGGACAAGUUACUAUCAUGUUGAAUGGCAAAUAAAUAUUUUUUUGUACCG